AAAGCAAGUGUCAAGGCACAUUUGCUAUGAGAUCAUAGGGAGCAUCGGAAAGCCUAGUGUUCUAGACGUCAGCUUUACGAGCGAAGGCAUGGCGUUUUGCGCAGCUCGGCGCGGAGCAAGCAUUUCACGUCAGUGCUCUCUUUGUCAAGAUGCAGCAGAUUCAGCUACUGUAUGGCGCUCGAUGGCCCACACUGGGCCGAGUGUUCGGCAACGAGCUUUAACUCGAGUGAUACAUGGUCUACCCUACUCGACGGCUAUCUCUGGUUCCUGGUUGCAGCCCCCAGCGUUCGAAUCAGGCACAUCGCCGUUCGAGCGAGUGGCAUCAUGGAGUCAUCGCUCAAUCUCUUCAGCCGGGAGCAACACAUCAAAUAUGGACUUAGAUCCACGCGGAGUAGAUCAUCAGCUCUUUGAAGAACCUUCUGAAGACUACAGGCACCUUCUGGCAUCUCUGCCAAACGCCGCAUCACAGGCCGUUGUCGAAAACCCCAACUCACUGCCAGUUUCAUCCCAGAUACUGGCGCAGAUACUUGGCGAUGAAUCACUUUCAAGGCCUGUUCGUCUCGACAAAGCCGCCAACAUCCUAGCAGACCUGGUGAAGCUCGGCACCAGAGUGCCUGAACACAUUGUUUUCGCGCAUGCAGCCAGAGCCGCCGCGGAAGACAUUUCGCGACUCACCGAGGAAAUCUCCGAUUGGCGAACGAGCGAGCAGGCCAGGAAUAGGCUGCAGCAGGUUCUAGUGUGGAUCGCACUAUCUCCUACAGCAUCGCAGGCCGCCUUGAAAGGAGAAAGAGAGGACGUCGCAACAGCAAUACAGCGAGCGACUCUCAAAGUUAUAGAGGCCACCGAAUCUCCCUUGCAUUUCGAGAGGAGACUCCUUGCUCAAUUUAUCAUCUUGUUAGCUCACAAGGGCUGGCUUAGCGAGAGCUUUAGCGGAAGAUUGCUAGCUCAGACUUUCACUCUCUCGAUGCCAACAUCGAAGCGGGACUCGGACGGGUACGCUGCUUGGAUUAUGUGGUGCGACAGCGUACUCGAGCAAUGCAGAAAAGCAUACACUGGGGCUCCACUACCUGCAUGCCUGCAGAAUGACGCGGAGAGUAUUUUGAUUAGCACAUCACCAACUGCUAACGAAGCCGACAACACACUCUUUUUCAGCCUUAUCAGUCAGCGCUUCGACGUUGUUCUUAGCUACUGGCGGCAAAGGCUUUUGUUUGGCGGUCGCUCAGGUAUCACUCAAGACCUCAUGGACUUUGGCUUUGGAGAGCUGAAGCAACCAAUGGAGUGUCAAUUGCGUGCCGAAUCCUGGGCGCAGCCUGUAAUUGGCGUCAACGACCCAACUUGUCUGAAGCGACAUGCUAGCGACAGCGAGGGGUAUUAUACGCUGCGAGCCCUUGUCAAUGGAAAGGAUUCUGAGCAACUGCAGCGGAUAUAUCUGCGGUGGACGACGACUCUCCGCACCGCAAUCAAGGCGGGAACCGCUGCCCAGGAGAGUGAGGCUCGGUGUCAUGGACAGGAAGGUCUGCGGGUGGAUCAGUGGAUUGAAUGGAAUCAUCUACUCGACAUCGAGCAGGCUCCUUCGUUCAAAGCUUCUCCCCUGCUAACUCCGGAGGCGUACCUGAAUUCGGCUCGAGGUCAAGGAGUCGGCUUCGACAUAUUUCUUGCUAAUUGGACUCGGCUUCAUCGUGAAGCACCGACUUCAAAGAAAGCUCAAGAUUCGCUCCAAGUGGAUUGCAACAUAAGAGCUGAGCGCCCGCGUGGGCCAAUGUCCCUGCGUGAACGUGCAUGCAUGGUCCUUCAAGAUAUGCUCUCCCUGGAUGUCCCCCCCGCCGAAAAGGAGUGGAGCAUGAUUUUCAAUGCGUUCAUUUCAGAAGGUCACCAAGCCAUACCUGAAAUCUACGCCUUGGGCGCUGCACUUGAGGUUCUAUCUCCCAUACCGACAAAGCCUAUGACCGACCCUACGCUGCAGGCCGCAUUAGAAAGGUUCCAGCCGUGCAUCCGGGCAACGCUUUCAACCAGGAUCAGCGCGCUUCAAGCGUGUCUGCACGUGCGCUCGGACAAGGGCGGGCGCUUACUCGAGCAGGCACAUAUGAUCUUCCGGGAACUCUGGCAAUGCAUCGUCGUCAAUGAGCAUCUAGACAAGCAGUCGGAAGAAGCUCGCGAUGAAGCGCUCAACGACUUUUGGGCAUACGUCCAACAUGCGAAUCGAAGAAUCAGCAAAAAGCCUUUUCGGGAAGCUUGGCAGGGGGUUGCGUCGGAUAAAAUCACGCGGUUAACGAUCUUCCAACGACUCAGAGCGAUGCGUGUGCUGAAGAGCUACAUCAAUAUAACGAUGCAACACGCCUCUCACAAGGGCUAUCUAGACCUAUCACGCAGCGAGUCAGAUGCUGUACACGCAUCGCAAAAGGGGUGAAUUGACACGCACCGCUCUUGCGAUUACGAUGAUUGCCCUGUAAUGGGAUGGCCGCUACCUGCGGUGUCAGCAGCAGCCUGGACAUACAUGUAGGGUAUCGUGCACGAAAGUGUCGCAUUCGAU